GUUAAGUUAGGCCACGACAAGGGAGUUGAUGUAUAGGUAAUGGGAACAAUGCAUGAGUUAGUACUCACUAAUCAGUACACCAGUAGUAAUGUCAACUUCAGCAGUGGAGACCAGUUUUUGAUUUAUGUCAAUGACAACCACGUAGUACUAAAAUUUUUAAUGUCUAUAUCAAAUACUGUGUAUUGUUCUCUCUUCUUCUUCUUCUUCUUCCAUAUGGUAAAAAAUGUAUCAUGUAGCUUUGUUAUAGAUUAUGAGUUGUUGAACAUAAUGAUGAAGGCUCUCUGAAAGGAAGUUUUGCACGGACUCUCUGUAUACCGUAAACGGCUAGCUAAGAAAAGGAGAAAGCGCCUGCUUUGGUGUAUUGAGAGUUUGAAGAGGGAAGAUAAAAGAAAAGAUUCAUCGAGGCUCUGGCUGUUCAGACAGUGGUGGCAAAACCUACUGUUCUAGUUUUGAUUGUCAUCCCUCUUCAUGUGUCACUCAUUCUGACAUUCUGCUAAUACUUAAGAUCUAAUACAAUAUGAUUCAGAAGUCGUCACCAAGAACAAUUCACAUUCGUGGCCAAUUUCACGGAUUAUCAAAUUUGCAGAUAGUUUCUGCAAUCUUCAAUGGCUGUCUCGGAUUAGUGUAUUUAUGCUUGGCCUUCUGGAUUUUAGAGGAGAAUUUGAGGAAAACCCACAUAGCUCUGCCUUUGGAUCAGUGGUUACUGGUGUUGUUUCAAGGCUUCAUAUGGCUGUUGGUGGGCUUAGUCGUGAGCCUUAGAGGGAAACAACUUUCAAGAGGGCUAUUGCGACUAUUGUCCAUUCUUGCCUUCUUGCUUGCUGGGAUUGUCUGUGUGUUGUCCCUGGUCACUGCCAUUUCCAGCCAAAAAGUUCCAGUAAAGACAGUUUUAGAUAUUCUGUCCCUUCCAGGAGCAAUAUUGUUGCUGUUGUGCACAUAUAAGUAUACAUAUGAAGAGAGGGAAAACAGAUCGAACGAAGAUGACCUCAACACUCCCUUGAAUUUUGAGGCCAGUAACAUCAGUAAAAGUGAUUCAGGAGUAGUUGUUACUCCUUUUGCUGAAGCCAGAUUCUUCAGUAAAAUGUCAUUUUGGUGGUUGAAUCCAUUGAUGAAAAAGGGCAGGGAGAAAACCCUUGAGGAUGAAGAUAUACCCAAGUUACGAGAGGCAGAUCGAGCAGAAAAUUGCUAUUUUCUAUUCUUGGAGCAAUUGAAUCAGCAGAAAAGGGCAGAACCAUCAUCCCAAACAUCAAUCCUGUGGGCAAUAAUUUUAUGCCACUGGAAAGAAAUUUUCUUGUCUGGUUGCUUUGCUGUGUUAAAGAUUGUCACACUAUCUAUGGGUCCUCUACUUCUGAACGCCUUCAUUUUGGUUGCGGAGGGAAAAGAAAGUUUCAAGUAUGAAGGUCACUUAUUGGCAAUAUCAUUUUUCUUUUCAAAGUGCAUAGAAUCCAUUUCGCAAAGGCAGUGGUACUUCCGGAGCAGGCUUAUUGGCCUAAAAGUGAGGUCAUUGCUCUUAGCGGCCAUUUAUAACAAACAACUAAGAUUAUCCAACUCUGCGAGGUUGAUGCACUCAGGUGGUGAGAUAAUGAACUAUGUCACAGUAGAUGCCUACAGGAUUGGAGAAUUUCCAUUUUGGUUCCACCAAACUUGGACAACAAGCCUCCAGCUAUGUCUUGCAUUGCUAAUUCUUUUCCACGCAGUGGGGCUAGCAACAAUUGCGGCACUGGUGGUGAUCAUUCUCACCGUGCUUUGCAAUGUUCCACUUGCAAAGUUACAGCAUAAGUCUCAAUCUAAGCUAAUGGUGGCACAGGAUGAGAGACUGAAGGCUAGUUCUGAGACUCUAGUGAACAUGAAGGUCCUGAAAUUGUAUGCUUGGGAAACCCAUUUCAAGCAAGUCAUAGAAAAUUUAAGGAAGGUGGAGUUCAAAUGGUUAUCUGCAGUGCAGUUAGACAAAGCAUAUCAUAGCCUUCUCUUUUGGUCAACUCCUGUUUUGGUCUCAUCUGCUACCUUUGUAGCAUGUUAUUUCCUCGGAGUUCCACUACAUGCAAAUAAUGUUUUCACCUUCGUAGCAACUUUUCGCCUUGUUCAGGAUCCUAUUGCAUCUAUUCCUGAUGUUAUCGGGGUGACAAUUCAAGCGAAGGUUGCAUUUGCACGGAUUGUGAAAUUCCUUGAGGCACCAGAGCUGCAGAGUGCACACGUCCAGCAGAACUGCAAUGUGGAAAGAAUGAAUCACACCAUUUUUAUUAACUCAGCCAAAUUUUCAUGGGAAGAGAAUUCACCGAAGCCCACUCUAAGAAACAUAAAUUUGGAGGUUAGACCUGGUGAAAAGGUGGCUAUAUGUGGAGAAGUUGGCUCAGGCAAGUCAACCCUUCUAGCAGCAAUUCUCGGAGAAGUUCCAAAGAUUCAGGGAAGCAUAAAAGUCUAUGGGAAGAUAUCCUAUGUUUCUCAAACAGCAUGGAUACAAAGUGGGACAAUACAGGAGAAUAUUUUAUUUGGGUCUGCUAUGGAUAGUGAAAGAUACAGAGAAACACUAGAGAGGUGUUCAUUGAUUAAGGACCUUGAGUUGCUUCCAUUUGGUGAUCUCACUGUAAUAGGUGAGAGAGGUAUUAAUCUGAGUGGUGGUCAGAAGCAACGCGUUCAGCUAGCCCGUGCUCUCUAUCAGGAUUCUGACAUAUAUCUCUUGGAUGAUCCAUUCAGUGCAUUGGAUGCACAGACUGCUACAAGCAUAUUUAAUGAAUAUGUUAUGGAAGCGCUUUCAACAAAGACGGUCUUACUUGUGACCCAUCAAGUUGACUUCCUGCCUGCUUUCAAUUCUGUUUUGUUGAUGUCAAAUGGGGAAAUCCUACAAGAAUCUCAUUAUCAGAAGUUGUUGGCCUCAAGAAAGGAAUUUCAAGACCUUGUUAAUGCACACAAAGUGACGGCAGGUUCUGAAAGGCUUACAGAUUUUAGUUCUACCCAUAGACAAGGAACAUCAUCCAGAGAGAUUAAGAGCACUUAUGUAGAGAAGGAAUCAAAAGCAUAUAAAGGUGAUCAAUUGAUUAAGCAAGAAGAGAGAGAAACAGGAGAUAUGGGCCUCAAACCUUACAUGCAAUAUCUGAAUCAGAACAGAGGGUUCUUGUACUUCUUUAUUGCCUGUCUCUCUCAACUUUUAUUUGUGGCUGCUCAGAUAUUGCAGAAUUCUUGGAUGGCUGCUAACAUUGAUAAUUCUAAUGUUAGCACACUUAGAUUGGUCUUGGUUUAUAUGGUGAUUGGAUUGGCCUCAGUACUGUUUUUAUUAGGUAGAUCUCUUUCUACAGUUGUUUUGGGUCUUAGAUCUUCAGAAUCCUUGUUUUCAGAUCUACUAGACUCGCUUUUUCAUGCACCUAUGUCUUUCUACGACUCCACACCUCUGGGAAGGAUACUUAGUCGGGUCUCUUAUGAUCUGAGUAUCAUAGAUCUUGAUGUCCCAUUCAGCCUUGUCUUUUCUGUUACAUCUACCAGUAAUGCUUGUUCUACUCUUGUAGUACUAGCCAUUGUCACCUGGCAGGUCCUCUUUGUCUCUAUACCAAUGGUUUAUCUUGCAACUAGAUUACAGAGAUAUUACUUUACCUCUGCAAAAGAAUUGAUGCGGAUAAAUGGAACGACCAAGUCCUUUGUAGCAAAUCAUCUAGCCGAGUCUGCAGCAGGAGCCAUGACAAUAAGGGCUUUUGAUAAGGAAGAACAAUUCUUCACAAAGAAUCUUGGCCUCAUUGACACAAAUGCUAGUCCUUUUUUCCACAGUUUUUCAGCAAAUGAGUGGUUGAUUCAAUGGAUAGAAAUAGUAAGUGCGGCUGUUCUUGCCUCUGCAUCACUUUGCAUGGUUUUGCUUCCUCCCAGUACAUUUAGCCCCGGAUUUAUUGGGAUGGCACUUUCUUAUGGUCUUUCCUUGAACAUGAUGCUUGUCCGUUCAAUUCAAAAGCAGUGCAGUGUAGCAAAUGACAUCAUUUCUGUAGAAAGGCUAAAUCAAUACAUGCACAUUCCCAGUGAAGCCCCUGAAGUGAUAGAAGGGAACCACCCCCCAACUAAUUGGCCAGCUGUGGGUAAAGUGGAGAUACAAGAUUUGCAGGUCAGAUAUAGGCCCAAUGCACCACUUAUUCUUUGUGGUAUAAGUUGCACUUUUGAAGGAGGGCACAAGAUUGGUAUUGUUGGCCGAACUGGCAGUGGUAAGUCUACUCUCAUAGGUGCUCUUUUUCGUCUGGUGGAGCCAGCUGGAGGGAAGAUUAUAGUCGAUGGCAUUGAAAUCUCUUCAAUUGGCCUUCAUGACCUAAGGUCACGUUUUGGAAUAAUACCUCAAGACCCUACUCUUUUUAAUGGGACUCUCAGAUAUAAUUUGGACCCCUUAUGUCAGCAUUCCGACCAAGAAAUUUGGGAGGUUCUUGGAAAGUGUCAACUACAAGAGGCUGUUCAGAAGAAAGAAGAGGGCCUAGACUCCUUAGUUGUGGAAGAUGGAUCUAAUUGGAGCAUGGGGCAACGGCAAUUAUUUUGCCUAGGUCGUGCACUUUUGAGGAGAAGUCGGGUAUUGGUACUUGAUGAAGCAACCGCAUCAAUUGAUAAUGCUACUGAUAUGAUUCUGCAGAAAACUAUUCGGACUGAAUUUGCAGAUUGUACUGUAAUCACAGUGGCACACAGGAUACCAACUGUGAUGGAUUGCACAAUGGUUCUUGCCAUUAGUGAUGGAAAACUAGUGGAAUAUGAUACACCUAUGAAGUUAAUGAACAAAGAAGGUUCGCUCUUCAGGCAGCUUGUGAAGGAAUAUUGGUCCCAUUCUCAGUCUGCAGAACUGCACUAGGUCUAAUAAUAAGUUCUCAUG